UUAAUUAUGAAAUUAAAAGCAAUGAACUAAGGAAUUAUCAAUCAUAGUGAAUAUGACUACCGUGUUGGUCACAACCCCAACACUUUUAAAAUACUCUUACAAACUAACCGGUGUUGUACCAUUUCCCUUCACAACUUCAAAACCAACAAAAAUAUCGCAAGUCGUGUCUCACAUUUGGCCAAUCUUUUUCUGCUUAUACUUCAUCAGUAUUUACCUUUUUUACACAUCAGUAAACAACGAAACCAAAAUUUUCAGCUACAUCAACUUCUUAGUUUACCAUUGGAACGUGUUAUACAUGGUUGUUUAUGUCGUAAUGCUCCAUAAAAGAAGCACCAAAGUUAAAAAACUGCUAACUGAAAUCAGUAAAAUACAACUUAUUACAAAUAAUAACUCAAAAAGCAACGAACGCUACGUCAGAAUUAUUCAAAUUGUUACACUUGUGUGUUUGUUGGUUACAUUUCUACUGAGAAAUAUACCGCUGACUUACACCAUUUAUUUCAUGUAUCCUUGCACAAUCAGUACUUUUGAUAAUCUCUUCAUAAACGACGUUUUAAACGAGUUCUGCAAUAAAUUUAAAACUAUCAAUCGGAAAUUUGAAAAUAUUGUCGCAAAAUUUGGCACAAGUGAAUCUGAUUUCAACAUAGAAAUAAUCCAGAAAUUAUCCCAUCACCACUAUAAUUUGGUAUCUCUAGUGCUUGAAAUGAUAAAACAGUUUGAAAUCACUUUGAUAGUUGCAAUAACACAGACGUUUAUUGUAAUGGUGGACAGUGUAUACACUGUAACGUUUUUAAUCUUCAACAAACGAGUUUUGACUUUCCAUUUUGGAUGUAAUCUAUUUUUCGUUCAUUAUGCCAUUUGCUGGUUAUUCAACUUAAUCAGAAAAUUUAGCGAAACCCAAGAAGAGACAAACAAAGCCGGGAGUUACGUACAUUGUAUUUGGAACAAGUACAGUUUGAGAGGAAAUAUUGAAAAAAAAAUGCGUUAUUUGGAAUUGGUUUCUCUCCGCCUCUUGAACACUAAAGUAAAUUUCACCGCAAGUGGAUGUUUCAAUCUAGACUGGACGCUUCUCCAAACAAUGAUUGCGUCUAUUACAACAUAUGUUGUGAUUUUAAUUCAGUUUCAAAUAUGA